AGCUCUACACUUCCACGCUAUCUCCUUCUUCCCCACAGAGAGAGAAAGAAAAACUAGAGAGAGAAAGCUGAGCGAGAGAGAGAGAGAAAGAGAGUGUGUGGCGAUGAGUGUGGCACCUUCACGACAAGAAAUUCUCUCUCUUUUCCGUUCGCUGAUACGAGUUGCUCGAACCUUCCCAGAUUAUAACAUUAGGGAAUACAUGAAACGACGCACCAUCGAUGCGUUUCGCGACAACCGCGCCCUCUCCGACGCAUCUUCCAUUUCCACUGCUUUCUCCGACGGAAAGUCUCAGCUCGAGGUUGCAAAACGACAGUCCGUUGUGUACUCUCUAUACGCCCCUCCACUCAGGAGCGUCAUGGAGCUCCAAAACCCUAAAACGCCUGCUUAAACCCUAGUCCACUACGGGUUCCGAGGAUGGCUCUUAUUUUCUGCUGACAAAAGGACACAUCAGACAUGUGUGAUUACUUGCCUUUGGAAGUGCAAAUCUUUUGAGAAUUCUAUAGUAUCUAAGUUUAUGUAUGUGAUUAUAAAGUUGAGGUAGUACUCUUCACUAUUAAUAAUUGUGAAACCAUUGAUUUGUUGUUAGAAUGAGUAAAUCAUUAGUUGGUUUGUCACCAAAAUUAUAAUUUUGUUUAUUACUA